AUGACGGUCACCGAGAGCAUCAAAGACGCCGCAGAGACGGUCAAGGAGGCUGUCGGUCUCGGUCAUGGCCACUCAGCCCCCACAAGACCUGCCACGCGCGAAGAAAUGUCCGCGAACAAAGUCCCCCUACCGUACCGCGACUCCUGCGCCCACCUCCUGAUUCCCCUCAACAACUGCCGCUACGAUAACUUCUACCUUCCAUGGAGGUGUAUGGACGAGAGACAUUCAUACGAGAAAUGUCAGUACGAGGAGUUCAAGCUGCGGAUGAAGAAGAUGGAAGAGAUCAGGGCGGAGAAGAACGGAGCGCGGUCAAACUAG